AUGGCUUUUUCCUUCAACAACUUCUUAGUCAUUGCUCUUCUUCUAAUAAUCUCCUCCUCAUUCACUAUAGUAAAGGCAGAUUUAGUUAGCGAUGUUUGUUCAAAAGUUACAAGUCCAACCAUAUGUGAACAAGCAUUAAGGUCCGAUCCUCGUACUAAAACUGCUGCAAAUCUCGAAGCACUUGGCUUUAUCGCGAUAGAUUUAGCACAAUCCACGACUAAAUCUACGAUCAAUCUCAUCGAUUCCCUUCUUAAAGGAGCAACUGAUCCAACGUUGAAAUCGCGAUAUAGCUCGUGCAAAGAGAACUACGCGGAUGCUAGUGAUAAUUUAGCCGAGUGCCCGGGAUUUUUGAAGGCUAAAGACUAUGGUAGUCUGAAUGCCCGUGCCUCUGCUGCUUUAGAUGAUCCAGACUCUUGUGAUGACAAUUUUUCACAGGCACCAGCUGAACCGGCAGGGUUGAAACAAGCUAGUUUAAAGCUGCAAUCACUUUGUGCUGCCAUUGAUGUUAUUAGCAAUAAUUUGAAUGGAUUGUAG